AUGCGCCGGCCCCUCAAAACUGGGCAUCUCGCGGCAUCCCCCUCCCACGCUAAGAAGCGUGCCGAGACCUCCUCUCCUCCAGGCUCCUACACUCUUGUCGACAUUCUACUUGGCCCUUUACUGCUGUCGAGUCCAGUAGCGUCGCGCAUCGUGGCCCUCGAGGUGCAGCUCAAAGGCCCCAAAGGGGUGGAAUUCACGCUUCCCCGGGGUUCUUCAUCAACGACGAAUUCGUCAAGUCGACGUCGUCGCAGGCCAUGGCCAGCAUCAACCCAAGAAAGCCGACGCGGUCACGUCGCAGCACCGGCCUGGCCUCCGGGAGUGCUUGAGUCAACGUCGUCAACGGCCUCGGGCGCGACGCCGGCGCCGCCCUCGCCGCCCUCGCCGCCCACCCGGUCGGGGCAUCGACAAGAUAGCCUUGACGGGCUCGACACCUUUGCCGCCGCCACCACCCACGGGCCCCAGAUCUCGCUGGCCCAGCACGACAGGGUGCUCUCGUACGCCGAGGGCGCCGAGCGCCAAGCGCCAGGGCGCCCGGCUCGAGACGGGCGGCGGCGGCGGCGGCUUCUCCGUCCAGCAGACUUUCUUCGACGCCACUCCCGGCAUGGUCCUCUUCAGGGACGACGUGUUUGGGCCCCUGUCACCAUCACGCCCUUUGACGACGAGGCCCACGCCGUCGCCCUCGCCAACGACUCCAUCUACGGCCUGGCCGCCGCCGUCUUUACCCUCGACGCCGGCACGCUCUGGGUCAACUCGUCCAACGAUUCCGAGGUCCACGUGCCCUUUGGGGGCGUCAAGCAGUCCGGAAUUGGCCGCGAGUUGGGCGAGGCCGCUCUCGCCGCUCACACCGAGAUCAAGGCUGUCCACGUCGACCUGGGCUCCAAGUUCAAGUUGUAA